AUGCAGUCGCCGGAUUACUUUGGCUUGGAGAUGCUGUGGAAGUUGGAGCAGGACAAGGUGACCAAAAAAUCGGAUCUGAUGAUUCUGCUGGUACACUGGUAUUUGACGAAGAAUGGAUUUCGUAAUGUUGGCGUCGGCGAUGAUAAAACACUUGAAAACAGCAUUGAGCAGAGCGAACUGUUGCCGGAAGGAUGGAACGCAAAUAAUGUAUCGUACGCACUACGCUACACCAUAAACAACGAGCUGUACAACUUGCACGGAACGCUCUCGAAUGAUACAAUGAUCCUUAAUCUCCUGCAUGCCAAGACACUGAAGGUUUCGAACGUUGUCUUCAAUUUCGAAACAACAAUUCAGUCCUUUCGUGGCGGAAAAGUUACGAAUCUGAUUGCCAACGUAGAUAAGCAAAUUUCCCGGCUGGAUACGGAACUCGUGAAGCCAAUACACAACGCUGUGCCCACACAAACCUCUGGUACACUAACAGCAGCAGUACCGAAAAAUGCAGCAGUACCGCAAGAUAUACCAAAAGUUGAAACAUUUGGUGUACCAUAUGUGGGUGUAGGUAUGGCGGAUCGUGAUCCGCUGGGAAUACUUGGUGGCGGUAUGCUAAUGGAUCCAAUUCCUCCCAGAAUGCCUGGUAUGUUUAUGCCCAGACCACGCAUCGAUCCGAUGGGACCCAACAAUCGCCUGAAUCGCCAACCAAAUCCGGAUCAUCUUCCUCCUCCAGGUUACGAUGACAUGUUUAUGUAA